AUGGUGUCCAAGCCACUGGGCCCUUUGACAGGAGCCAAGGAGCGGGAGCUGAAAACCUCAGGGCAGAAGGGGGACGUGGAGAGCACUGCCCGUGUCCUGGCCGGGCUCAGGAGACUGCCUGGAGCAGCUGAGCGCCUGGGGCACACCAUGCAGCUCCUACCUUGCCUCACACUGACUCUGGCACUGGUGGCACACAGCGCACCCAUCUCAGGCUCUGCAACGGAGACGAUGCGACAACUGGAGCAGCUGCUGCUGGACUUACAGAUGCUCUUAAGAGGAGUUGGCAAUCACAAGAAUCCUAGACUUUCCAGGAUGCUCACAUUUAAAUUUAUGUGCCCAAGGAGGUAAGCUACUGAACUGAAACAUCUUCAGUGUCUAGGAGAAGAACUCAAACCUCUGGAGGAAGUGCUAAAUUUAGCUCAAAGCAAAAACUUUCACUUGAAAGAUACCAGGGAUUUCAUCAGCAAUAUCAAUGUGACCGUUCUGGAACUAAAGGGAUCUGCAACAACAUUCACUUGUGAAUACGCUCAUGAGGCAGUAACCAUUGUAGAAUUUCUGAACAGAUGGAUUACCUUUUGCCAAAGCAUCAUCUCAAAGCUGACUUGA